AUGCAAGAACUGAAAUCUCCAAAGUUGUUAAAUAAUCUAGUCUCAAAUGUUUAAAAAAAACAAAACCCCAUUCCUCCCUCAACUGACAUCAAUAUUCUCCAAUAAAUUUUGGAUCAAGUUCAACCUGUUGAGAUUAUACAUAAUAAUGAUGAUGAGGCCAAUUAAAAAAAGAACAAUAAAUUCCUUAAGAUUAAUGAGGGUUAAGCAGAAGAAUAGUUAAUUGACUUUAUUCACUUGGGCAUCUAGGACUUUGAAGCUAACCAAUAUUCCCAAUGUGUGUAUCACUUAAAAUAAGCAGAAUAAAUACUAACUGCCAUUUCUUAUUCUAAUCCAUUGAUUCACUACUUCCUCAUGAUAAGAAUUAAUUUGGGAGUCGUCUUUUACGCCAUAGGUUGGUUGGAAUAAGCAUUUACUUGUUUUGAAGACGCCAUUUUGGCUUUAAAGAAAACCCCCAGAACAGAUUAAGAGGGCUAUCUCCUUUCAAUUACACGUCUACAUUGUUAUUUGCAAUGCUGCAUCAUCCUUUCAGAGAGUGGUCAGCACUCUGAAGCAUUGGCAUUUGCUAAAAUGGCGAUAAGAAAAGCCUCGAAAAUACUGAUCGAUCUCCAAAAAUACUUGAAGAGCUAAAUACAUUAACAAGUCCUUGAAGAAAUUCUCAAAAAGAGCUUACCAAUUCUAAAACCUAAACAUCAAACUUUAGUGCAGGGAUAUCAAAUGCAAACCCAAGCUACUUAAGAAAGUUACGAUUCAGUGUAUUCCGGAUGUCCAUAAGCGUAUAUUCAUAGAGCCAACAUUUUAUUCUUCAUCCAAAUGAAUCCAGUGAAUUUAAACAAUUUUAAACAUGUCGAUGACUUUCCCACUAACUAACAGUAUUUGCAUAUGAUAUGUUUGUUUGUGAUUUCUCUGUAUUGCACUUCAACUGAGUCCAAAUUUGUUUAGAAGGUUGAGUCUUUUUGUUUUAGUGAAGCAGAGAAUUAUUUAUCAAGAGCUUUAGAAAUAGCUUAUUUGUAUUUACCCAAAGAUUUACCUUUGAUUAAUUAAUUGUUGAAUGUCCACAAUAGAUUUUAUGACAUUUCCAAAUAGGCAAUUGAUGAAGAUGCAAAGAUGAAAAUGGAUCAAGGACAUUUUGAGAUUGUACUACUUAAGCCAGUAAUCGAAUCACAGAAAUGUGGAUUUGUGAUUCCCAUCAUCAGAAAAUCUAAAUAUGUUGGAAUGAAGAGCAGAACGAGAUCUAUGAAAGAACAAUAAUUUUCAAAUACAAAGUAAGUCAAUUUUAAUGUUGAGCCAGAGCAUUAGAUCUAUGAAGCUUAAAGCAAGACUCAUAAACGGAAAUUAAGAUCUAUUUCAACUACUAAUAAGUACAAACCUAAUUCUCCGAAGUGGGCCAAUCAUUAAUUAGCAGAGGUCUACUUGAAUCAACAAUAUCCCUUUAAGUCUGUGCAAAUUAAAAAGCAGCAAUAAAAAUACAAUAACAAAACUGUUGACUUAGGUUCUGGGAAGAAUUCAGGAAAUUAAAAUAGUAAAUUGAAUAGAUCAGAAAACUAAAUCAAAAAGAAAUAAUUAAAUAUUUAAUUGAUGAUUACUAAUAAUAUCAAUUAGACCAGUUCUACCUAAAAUUCAAAUAAUAAUGGAUAACAAACUCAAGUCAACAACGUAACACAACAAUAGUUAUUCAAGAGGAAAAGGAAUAAUUAAUCAUUUAAUUUUGAUCAAAUUACAACCAAGAGCCCUGUAAAUCUAUUUGUCUAAAAAUAAAGAGAUGACAAAACACUUUCGACUAUAUAAUAGAAAAUCAAAUCUGUAAUAAAACAAUGUUGA